AUACAUUGUUCUAUGUAGAUAAACCUGCAGAGGCGUGGGGUUCGACAGCCUGCUGCAAACGGUCGUGCGCCGCCAGGUGCAUGCCGGCGGCGUGGCGGAUGUUGAACCCGACACAUUACAAUUCUGGGUUCGUACUAGCCCCACUAGUGUGGCUCUGUGCUAGGAUGCCUGAUGGAGCGGAAGGGAGAGUCCGUGCCACACUUUUCGGGCUAGGGUGGUACACCUUGGGUAGGACACUUGGACUUCACUAGCGUAACGCAAGAUGAAUCAAGCCAAUCCACAACAAGAGCCCCCACAGCAACAAGUGGCAAUGAUACGUGCCAUGCGUAGGCUGCGCAGACAAAUGUUGCAGGCCGAAGCAGGUAACGGGGAAGAUGAUGCAGAUCCCUCCGAUGAAGAUGAGCCACCGAUAGAGGAACAGGUGCGGGAGUUGUUUCGCCGAGGUGAUACGAACGACAGAAGAAGGAACAAGAACGGAUAUGCCGAGUUUUUGCUGUGGAAGAAAAGAAGGGAGACUGGCAGACAAAUGGUGGAGCAUCGGAUGCGGAAAAGACGACAGGAGUUGAUGCCGCAGUUUCUCAUAAAUUGCGUCUCACCUCUCUUCAAGAAUCCCCGCUUGAGCGACGUCACUUUGAAGGUCGGUCCAUUUGUCUUCCACGCCCACAAGCUCAUCCUCUGUGCUUGGAGUGAAGUAUUCCGGUCACUCCUGGGGGAGAGGUGGGCAGCAGGCUCACCCAGUGACGAGCCUGAGGUGCAUACGCUGAAUGAGCACAAAGUCUGUGAGGAGUACUUUGAGGACUUCUUGCGCUUCCUGUACACGGAGGAGGUGGACUUGGAUGAGGACAGUGUCUUCGCCGUUUUGAUGUUAGCCGACAAGUACUUGGUCCGGGAUUUGCAGCAUGUGUGUGUGGAAUAUCUGUUGUAUAAUUUGAAGACCUCUACUGCACCCUUUCUGGAUGCCAUUAAAGCACUUAAGUUGACAGAAGAUCUGAGCAGGGUUGAACAGAAGAGUUUCAGCCUGCUGGAAAACCAUUUUCACUUGUGGACCACUGACGACGAUAAGGUACCCACGCUGUACUGGUUUGAGGGUAGCCUCCUGGCCAAGUUGCUGCAGAGCUCCAAUCUUGUUGUUCCCAACGAGACCUUCAUCUUUGACGCCGUCCUGCGUUGGCUGGGCACAGAGAGCUGCCUUGUGGAGCGCCAGGAGUUCUCCGAUCAGUUGCUGUCCCUGGUCCGCUUUGAGCACAUCCCGGCAUGCGACCUGGCCACCUUGCUUGAUGACUGCUCAGCUGCACUCAUACCCAAACUGAAGGAGCACAUCUUCGAGGCACUCAAGGUGAGAGCUCUAGCCGGUGAGGAGGCAUACCAAGAUACGCUUAAGGAAUUCUCCAGUCCACGCAUGUACCUGGAGCCAAUGUUCUGCGUGCGUGUAGCCAACAACGAAUGUGAGGUUGCUGGCUGGCGUUCCUUCAGGGAGCUUGAACUAUGCCCUGAGGACAACGAGACAGAGUUCGAGCAUCGCAAGCUGUCCUGUCCAGUGGCUCGCCAGAGCGAAAACAAGAAUAUCUACCUCGUCAGCAAGGAUAUGUGGGCGAUUGGGGGCAUGGCCUUCAGGAAAUCACCCGAGGACAAGUGGGCUGUUAGGUUCAUGCUCAAACCAGACUUUGAAGACAUUGGAAGAUCGUACCGAGUGGCCGUCGUGUUGCUGAAGUCUGCCCCGCAGGGAGAGCACUCGUUUGAUGCUCCAGUCACCUGCGUAGAUGCGGGGGACAUCGGCAAAGUGAUAGGCAUCGAUGUACCACCCACAGCCCUGCACUGCCGUGCUGACCCCACCAGAUUGUGGAUCAAAGUGGGCAUUCAGGUCUUUGGCCCCGAUAAAAGUUGUGGCAAUUGGAUGUACAAGUAGGUGGACAGAACUUGUAGAAUUUCUCUUCAUCUUAAGGUCAAAGGGGGGGGGGUGGAACAGUACUUUGCAUGGGUGUAUACCUUAUUCAUUAACUGCUUGGAUCAAACAUUUUCUUGGAUCAAAGCAGGUCAGAAACGUUCAACCAAAGAAACUGAGUGCAAUACUGGCAUUUGCUCACCGAUCAAUAUGAGAAAAUCAACAGUUUGAAGUCAAAGUCACGGAUGUACAGAUAAGUGUUUUAGUUUGUUGUUUUGGCACAAUUUGAUAGAGUAGCAUUGCACCAUUUUUACUGUAGAUGUGUGAGUUUAGGGGUGGAACGAGUUCAAAGCAGCACAAACUGCACUGAUGCAGUGCAAUCAUGAUUUCCCAGGUUUUAAUGACUGCCUAUGUACAUGUACGUGCUCAAUUGAAAAUGAAAUAACAUAUGGGUGAUUGCAUUUUUACAUCAAAAAUUAAAUUUCACAUCUCAUUUACAACAUAAUGCAUUUUAAGGAAUUUAGGACAAAGUGUUUCAAAGGAGAUUUCUCAAAUUUUCAGAAUUGUACAGGAAGUUUACCUACAAACAAUACGUGUAUUUGGAAAAUUCUGAUCCAACCCCUCAACUUUUUCUCAAUUUUUUUUGAUACAGAACAUUUUUGAGGGCAACUGUUCAUGGUGAGGAUAGAAGGCAUGUUAAAUUUAUAUCUACAAUUUUACACAGAUAGUUCCUUGUAUUUAGGCAAAAAAAACAUGGUUACGCAAUGCUGCAGAUUCUCAACUGAAAGGUAAAGUAUAUUAACUGGUUGACAUUACACAGUUGCAAUAAUUCAUUUGUUAUUUUUUGGUCAUGUUUUAUUUGUGUAUUUUACCUCAUAAAAUUUUAUCUCUGGGAAGAUGAAGAUGAAUGCUGUUUUUAUGUGAAGCAUUAAUACGCAUGUGUAUAUAGUUUUGUUUGUUAGGUUUGUUACAUUACCAAAUAUUUUCAAGAGUGGUGAAAUAAGACAGUAUUAUGGUUUUAACAUUUGGAGCUUUUAAGUUUCAUCAAACUGGAAAUGCUGGGUCAUAUGUAAUCAAGUAGAAAUAAACUAUAGUCUCCUAGGAUGUGUACAUGUAAUUGAAAGAUAAGGGAGCUUUUGGGUUAAACCACAAGGUACGGUUUUGGUCACAGUGCAUCCUAAUGGGAAAAAAAGAUGAUUUCUUAACAAUUUUUACAACAUACACGUACGGUGUAAAUCUUAUCUUUAUUUACUGAACAGGUUUUACAGUGGACAGUAUACGUGUAGUUCUCUUCUCUAAUCAGUGGAUAUGUCUACGAUUGUUAUGUGAAAUUUUUACGUGUGUAUGUACAUGCAUCCUUUUUAGAUGUUUUAGGGAAAGCUCUAGUUUUCAAUAAAUAAAUAAAUAAAUAAAUAAAUAAAUAAAUACAUGUAGUUGUUUGUUCAAAGGCUAAUAAAGGCUUGCUUGUUUCUGUGUAAA